AUGGAGCCCACUGAAGUCGUUAACAGCCUUCGCGGCUUGGUGGCCGUCGCCGACAAUGCAUUCAGAAGCACAUACGAUUUUGCGAAGGAUAAGAUUGACCCGUUCAUGGAUAUCAAGAGGCGAGACGAAAUACGCCGCGUUGCAACCGAGAUCCAAGAUCUGGCUGGAUUACUGCAUCGACUCACUCUGGUAGCUUCCGCCUUUGACGAAGAUCACAAUCAGGUCCUUGAUGAUGUUUAUGGCCUCCGCUCACCGAAGCUACCUCAACAGCUAUUCUCUUGCCGACAGACCUUGAUCAAACUCGAGGCGAGCUUGAGUCGUAGGGAGCUUACCUACGACGUCAUAAAACGGGAGGCAGAUCUCAAAUCACGAGCAAAGCUGAGAUGGCCCUUCACAACAGCAUGGACCGUUGACCUGAUACAAGAAAUCGGUCAACACAAGGAGGCUGUUACUAGGGCUCUCUCCUCCAACUCCAUGAACGAGCUGCUGCAAAGCUUUUCUAAAGGCAAAGGUCGACAUUCUCCAAAUCGCAGAGAAGUCGUCAGAAGAUACGUGAUGGGCCGCUGCAGGCACUCAAAGGAGAACUCCACCGUGACGUCGUUCUUCGCAAGGGUUGACCAUCUUGAAGUCCUCACGCGGACUGUCAGCAAACGAUCCAACUGGACAGAGUAUGAUUUGCUGGAACUUGAACCCAUCCGAUGCUGGAUAGGCCACGGCAAUUGCAACGACAAAAGCUCCCAUCUUUGGAUCACAGGCGGCCCCGGAGCCGGGAAGACGACUUUUGCCGCCACACUCAUCGAAACUGCGAUCCAUACACACUAUUCUGACCAAGCCACCGCGGUAAUCUUUGCCUUCUGUCGAUUUUCAGACCCACGGUCCUACGAAUGCUUUUAUUUCCUCGGCACUCUUCUUGCCCAGAUUGCCGUACAGCACCCGUCGGCGAUGACUAUACUCGGGAAUUACUACUCCGAGUUGCGAACUCGAAGACUAGUCGAAAUCCCGACUAUAGAAAGGAUGAAGGCAGUCUUCUUCGCUACGACGAAAGUGUUUCGGCAGAUCCUGUGUGUCGUUGAUGGGGUGGAUGAGUGCUCUGACGAGGGCGAUAACGUCACGCAAUUGAUGGCUUCAUUAGCUUCCGAAUCUGGCAACGUCAGAUUAGCCAUGGUCUCGCGUUAUCGGCAAAGAAUAGAGACCACUCUCAAAAGCAGCUUUGGCGAAUCGCUUUGUUGCAAGGAAUUUGAGCCCGACAGAAAACAAUUGGAAGUGUUCGCCGCCACAGAGAUUGAGAAGAUGGCCACGGAGGCGAAUUCAGUUUUCCACAACUUGCGACUGAAAGACAAUGUCAUUCAGAGCUUCGGUCCAAUUAUCAAUCCAAGCUUCCGGUUUGCAUCUUGCUCCAUCGAGUAUAUUGCACGAUACGCCACGGCGGAAAAUUUGCACGAGAUGUCGAAGACACUUCCGCAAAAUCUGGAAGGGAUAUACAAGCUGAACCUCCAGCGCUUCAACGAGCAGCCGGCUUCGACCAAAGCUCUGAUUCAAUCUGCUCUUCAGUUGACCGCGUUCUCGGACCCUCCGCUCACGAGUCAUGAGCUUUGCCAGGCGUUAUCGGUGGUAGGCAUACCCGGGCUGGAUGCCGACGAGUUGCAAUACCCUGAAGUCGAUGAAAAUGAGAUCACGGAUUCAUGUGGCAUAUUCCUGACUAAGGCAGCCCACGGAGAAGAAUUCGGGCUAGCACACCAUACGGUCAAGGAGUUUCUGGAACAAAUCGACCCGACUAAUCCGGAAUUGGCGGGAUACCGUGUGUCGAGAUCUCGAACUCGGCGCCUCCUAGGGAUAUGUGCGCUCCGCUUCUUGUGUCUCAAUCACUUCGCACGGCUUCCUAAAAGAUUGAACUCUGAAGACAGCUUCUUGUCCAACAGACGGAGGCGACUACCGUUUUAUCGAUAUGCGGCUUUGGUAUGGCCCCGACUAGCAGACGAGCUUUGGGACGACGAGGAGUUCAGAGAACAGGCUAUGGAACUUUGCAACCCCGCGCAAACCUCGAACUUCAAAGCAUGGUCCUUGGAAGUUUGUCACUUCUACCGCCUUGGAGCUUCCUGGAAUGGCUGGGUCAACGAUCGGUUCGAAGACAAGCCUUGGAGUGUGGGUACUCACUCUCGGCGCGACAGGUGGUAUAGCAGCAGUGAUUCCUUGUGCUCUGAAUCCACAGAAGCGUUUACAGGACCGUCUGGGUCCCAUUGGGGCACAUCAAAAUCGUCGGCAUCAUCGGGAUCGUCGGCAUCAUCAGAAUCCUCGGGAUCAGAGGAACCCUCGAGAUCAGAGGAAUCCUCGGGAUCAGAGGAAAUUAUCGAACCCCUUGAAUCAAGAUCUUGGCUCUGGAGACAGAGGGAACAUCCAGACUGGAAGUGGCAGGAAGGUCAGACGAGACGUUUGGCUCAUUUUAUUCGACGCGGUGACUUCACACCGCUACACAUGGCCUGCCUUUUAGGGCUGAACCGUCUUUGUGAUAAUCUGGUCGCGGAUCAGUCUGAUAUACACCGAAUGAGUCGGAUAGGCUCGCCAUUACAAUGCGCUCUCGGCGGUCCGUUCCUCAUUGCGUGCCACGAUCUAUCUACCAGAAAGACGUACAAAACAUGGAAUAGGAUCUCUGCAGUGGAGAAGCCUUCGAUAGAGCUCGUGCAGACGUUGAUCGAAGCAGGAGCUGAUUGCACAAGGUCUCUUCCAGCCCAGUAUUCGUGGAACUCCAUGGGCGCUCUGGGGCUGAAGUCAUCUGAGUGGGCAGGGGACUAUCGAAUCUUUGCCGCAAUUGUCAAAGGUGGUGCUCAAAUGCACGACGACGCCAUCCACACAUUUCGACUACUGUGUCGAGAGUGGACCAAAUACAAAAAAGAGCAAGCAAGAUUAGAUGUGGCUGCCGUCUUGGAAAUUCUCGGAGACAUGUUUUUGCAGGGAGAGGCAGAAGCUUCAGCAUAUCUGACAGCAUUCCGACAUGUCGUCACAGAUAUGCAUGAUAUCGAUGUACCACUACCUGCUCUUGAGGCUGCGACGGAUGAUAUGCUCGUCGAGAGGAUGAAGAAAGCUAUUGAAAGCGACUGCUUGAGCAGCUUGAAGGAGACCGGCAAAACACCACGAGGUCAACUGAUCCUUCAGGAUGACACGCUGGAUGGCCUGAUCGACCACGCUGUGUCAAGUCUUGCCGCCAACUGCUUAAGCUUUCUGCUCGAUCGUUUCUCUGGGCCCGAAAAUGAGAAUGUCACAAUGGGAAGACUGCUCCUCAGAUGUACGGGGAAUGAGUUCGAGGAUGUCCUGGUGAGCCUUCUGAAACAUGGGUCCAAGGCAACAACUACCGAUAGAGAGGGUCGUAACAUCUGGCACCUAUCAACCGUCGGGCGUAAGUCCGAAAGAAUUCUUCAGGUGCUGAUGUCGACGCAUGUCACAAAGAAAGAUCGCGAAACAGCGUUGCAUGCGCUUGAUAACAUCAAUGGGCGGACGCCACUGGCCAACGCCCUCUUUACGGGUCAUCCGGAUUAUCAUGAAGCCAGCAUCAUCCUCAAACACUGUCAAGCAAGUAAAGACAUGUUACAGAGCGCUCGACCCUCGGUAAAUGCCAUCAUCGCAGGCAUCGAGUCCCCCAAAACCCUGCAAGAACUUCAUAAUCGCGGCGUUCUACCGGUUCCAGACGAUGAGACGCCUCUACACGAUCUACAGCCGAAUGCGCAUGUAGACGCCGUGAAGCAGCUUCUGGCUAUCUAUUCCUACCAAGAUUCUUUAAAGUGGAAGAGCCCUGUCGGCUCUUACCUAGCCUCAAGCUCAUUUUCUAUCUACAAAGAGGACGUUCUCAGACUUCUCAUUUCCACAGAGCUACCUUUAUCAUUAGACCCACACCAGCGGAGCAUAUGGUCGAUGGUUAUCGACCAUCUGGUGGAAGUCUUGUCUAAGCCUCCGCCGUUAGGAGUCCAGUGGGCGUCGGCUUUAGUCGAUAUCUUAGUCGACACGGGUUGCUUGGCUAAUCACGAAACAGUUUCUGGGAUUUCUGCGCUCAGGGACUUGCAAACCCUCCUUAAUUGUAACGUCUCCGAAAGCCCGAAAAUCAAAACCAAAGUUGUCAUGAUAUUGGAAAAUAUCUUUGGCUCUGUGAUCGACGCCACGACUGAUCACUCAGAUCUGAAGGGAACGGGGUUGGGCCUACAGCUUCUGCACUGGGCUGUUGUUCACGACUCUGUCUACCUAGUUGGCCGUCUUCUUUCGCUCAGUGUGGACGUCCAUGCCAGAAGCGGCUCGAGGGGAAAGUCUUUCAAUGCGCUUGAGCUCAUUUGCACCCAUGGACACAGCCAAUCCUCCGUCAGGAUAUUUGAAAAGAUACUUCAGAGGACAGACAAAGCUCGAAUUGACGAUCUCCACCGUUACGAGACAGGAGAGGAGCUCGUUGGCUUAUUGCAUCUUCACGGAAGCGCCAAACCCAGACUGUUCUCUCCACGAACACCAACAUUCGAAUUUUGUUGGCCUGAUAGAUAG